UCGGAGGAGGCAUUUUGGGCUGGGUGAGAUCGGGCCAGCCAUUUGGUCCUCAGGUUGCAAGGCACCGCAGCAGGGCCGCGGCCUGAGUUGCCGCUAGGGUUUUGUGGAGAAUCCCCCGGGUCGCCAGACUGGAGCGGAGAGCACGGCGCCGCUGGCCUGGGGAGCCGGGUAACCAGCGGCCGAGGUUGGGGUCACCCGAGCCUAUGGGACCGCCAGGGCGGGGCGGAGGGCGCCGCGGCCUGGGGCAGCCUGCGCGGCAAGCGCCCUGCGGCCGGGCCCAGAAGGGCCGCCAGGGAGCGCUGCGGACUCCCGCUCCCGCCCCCUGGUAGGCGGGGCUGCGCUCUCCCCGCAGCCGCCGCCGCAGCCGCCGCCUGGGCCGCCCCGUGUCCCCGGUGGAGCCGCUGCCGCCGCCGCCGCCGGGAGCUCGAUGCGGACGGAGCCCGGGCCGGGCCAUGGGGAUCCUCAGCAUCACGGACCAGCCGCCCCUGGUCCAGGCCAUCUUUAGUCGAGAUGUGGAGGAAGUGCGUUCCCUCCUCUCGCAGAAGGAGAACAUCAAUGUGCUGGACCAAGAGAGGCGAACCCCACUUCAUGCUGCUGCCUACGUAGGCGAUGUCCCCAUCCUCCAGUUGCUACUGAUGUCAGGUGCUAACGUCAAUGCUAAGGACACACUGUGGCUGACCCCUCUUCAUCGUGCUGCUGCCUCCCGAAAUGAGAAGGUGCUGGGAUUGCUGCUGGCACAUUCAGCAGAUGUGAACGCCCGGGACAAGCUGUGGCAGACACCAUUGCAUGUGGCCGCUGCCAACCGGGCCACCAAGUGUGCUGAGGCUCUGGCACCAUUAUUGAGCAGCCUCAACGUGGCUGACAGGAGCGGGCGCAGUGCCCUGCACCACGCAGUGCAUAGUGGGCAUCUGGAGACGGUGAACCUGCUCCUCAGUAAGGGAGCCAGCCUGAAUGUCUGUGACAAAAAGGAGCGGCAGCCUCUGCACUGGGCGGCUUUUCUAGGGCAUUUGGAGGUCCUGAAACUGCUGGUGGCACGGGGAGCAGACCUUGGCUGCAAGGACCGCAAGGGCUAUGGGCUGCUCCAUACAGCUGCUGCCAGUGGCCAGAUUGAAGUGGUGAAGUACUUGCUACGGAUGGGGGCUGAGAUUGAUGAGCCCAACGCUUUUGGAAACACAGCUUUGCACAUCGCCUGCUACCUGGGCCAGGAUGCUGUGGCUAUCGAGCUGGUGAACGCAGGAGCCAAUGUCAACCAGCCAAAUGACAAGGGCUUUACACCACUGCAUGUGGCUGCGGUCUCCACCAAUGGCGCGCUCUGCUUGGAGCUGUUGGUCAAUAACGGGGCUGAUGUCAACUACCAGAGCAAAGAAGGGAAAAGUCCUCUGCACAUGGCAGCCAUCCAUGGCCGUUUCACCCGCUCCCAGAUCCUCAUCCAGAAUGGCAGUGAGAUUGAUUGUGCCGACAAAUUUGGGAACACGCCACUGCACGUGGCCGCUCGCUAUGGACACGAGCUGCUCAUCAGCACCCUCAUGACCAACGGCGCGGAUACCGCCCGGCGUGGCAUCCACGACAUGUUCCCCUUGCACUUAGCUGUUCUCUUUGGAUUCUCUGACUGUUGUCGUAAGCUUCUUUCCUCAGGUCAGCUGUACAGCAUUGUAUCCUCACUCAGCAAUGAGCACGUUCUUUCAGCUGGGUUUGACAUCAAUACACCUGACAACCUUGGCCGUACCUGUCUUCAUGCUGCUGCUUCUGGAGGGAAUGUUGAAUGUCUUAAUUUGCUGUUGAGCAGUGGAGCUGACUUGAGGAGGAGAGACAAAUUUGGAAGGACCCCACUGCACUAUGCAGCCGCCAAUGGCAGCUACCAGUGCGCCGUCACACUGGUGACCGCCGGGGCAGGCGUCAAUGAGGCUGACUGUAAAGGUUGCUCUCCGCUCCAUUACGCUGCCGCCUCCGACACCUACAGGAGGGCGGAGCCCCACUCAUCUUCCAGCCACGAUGCUGAAGAGGACGAGCCACUGAAGGAGUCCCGCAGGAAGGAGGCCUUCUUCUGUUUGGAAUUCUUACUGGAUAACGGUGCAGACCCCUCCCUGCGGGACAGGCAGGGCUACACAGCCGUGCACUAUGCAGCCGCCUAUGGCAAUAGACAGAACCUCGAACUGCUCUUAGAAAUGUCCUUUAACUGCCUGGAGGAUGUAGAGAGCACCAUUCCAGUCAGCCCUUUGCACUUAGCUGCCUACAACGGUCACUGUGAAGCCCUGAAGACACUGGCCGAGACGCUGGUGAAUCUGGAUGUAAGGGACCACAAGGGCCGGACCGCGCUCUUCCUGGCCACUGAGCGAGGCUCCACUGAGUGUGUGGAGGUGCUAACGGCCCAUGGCGCCUCUGCCCUCAUCAAGGAGCGCAAGCGCAAGUGGACACCCCUGCAUGCUGCUGCUGCCUCUGGCCACACUGAUUCCCUGCACUUGCUGAUCGACAGUGGGGAAAGAGCUGACAUCACAGAUGUCAUGGAUGCCUAUGGACAAACCCCACUGAUGCUGGCCAUCAUGAAUGGCCACGUGGACUGUGUACAUCUGCUGCUAGAGAAAGGAUCCACAGCUGAUGCUGCUGACCUCCGGGGCCGCACUGCCCUCCACCGUGGGGCAGUGACUGGCUGUGAGGACUGCCUGGCCGCCCUGCUGGACCACGAUGCAUUCGUGCUGUGCCGAGACUUCAAGGGCCGCACGCCCAUUCAUCUGGCCUCAGCCUGUGGCCACACUGCAGUACUGCGGACCCUGCUGCAGGCUGCCCUUUCCACAGACCCCCUGGAUACCGGGGUGGAUUACAGCGGAUACUCGCCCAUGCACUGGGCCUCCUACACUGGACAUGAAGAUUGUCUGGAGUUGUUACUUGAACACAGCCCAUUUUCAUACCUGGAAGGAAACCCCUUCACUCCUUUGCACUGUGCAGUAAUUAAUAACCAGGACAGCACCACAGAGAUGCUGCUGGGAGCUCUGGGUGCCAAGAUUGUGAACAGCCGAGAUGCCAAAGGACGGACCCCUCUUCACGCAGCUGCCUUCGCGGACAACGUCUCUGGGCUCCGGAUGCUGCUGCAGCAUCAAGCCGAGGUGAACGCCACUGACCACACUGGCCGCACCGCGCUCAUGACGGCGGCUGAGAAUGGGCAGACCGCUGCUGUGGAAUUUCUGCUGUAUCGAGGGAAGGCAGACCUUACUGUGCUGGAUGAGAACAAGAACACUGCCCUCCACUUGGCCUGUAGCAAGGUACCACCGGCAGUGCAGGGCCACGAGAAAUGUGCCCUCAUGAUCCUGGCAGAAACCCAAGACCUUGGCCUUAUCAAUGCUACCAACAGUGCGCUGCAGAUGCCCCUACACAUUGCCGCCCGGAAUGGUCUAGCUUCUGUGGUGCAGGCCCUGCUGAGUCGUGGGGCCACAGUGCUGGCUGUGGAUGAAGAAGGUCACACCCCGGCAUUGGCCUGCGCCCCCAACAAAGAUGUGGCAGACUGCCUGGCCUUGAUCCUUUCCACCAUGAAGCCUUUCCCACCCAAGGACGCCGUCAGUCCUUUCAGCUUCAGCCUGCUCAAGAACUGUGGCAUCGCAGCAGCCAAGACGAUGGAUGCAUCCUGCACCCUCCAGGCCCCUCCUCCCCAUACCUGCUUUGAGCCCUCCUCCUGCCACAUCCUGGUUUUCUAUGCUGUUUUGGUGCAAGUACAACUGUCGUAGUCAUGGCUUUGGGAUGGGUUCUGUUUAUUAAAAUCCUGUUGCUCCUA